GCCCCUCUCCCUCUCUCUCUCUCAUCUUCAACCAGAAAAACAGUGAGAGAAAAUGCAAAUCUCCCUCACCAUCUCCCCUUCCAAUUCCCCCCAAAUCUUCCCCCUCCACCACCGCCACCGCCGCCGCCACCAAACCCCGGAUCUCCUCCACCCGCAGCCCCGCCCGCUCGCCGCCCUCCCCGCGAGCGCCGCGAGCCCCCUCAGGAGCUCCGGCUACCUGUCCACCAUCCACCGCGCGAUGCAGGAGGAGGAGGAGUACCGGAAGGCCCGGGCCGAGGUCGCCCGCAAGGGCGUCGACGUCGAGGGGCUCGCGAUCGAGGGCGUCUCCGUCGGGGGCCACGAGACGUGCGUGAUCGUGCCCGAGUUCAAGUGCGCCUUCGACAUCGGGAGGUGCCCUACCAGGGCCGUGCACCAGAACUUCGUGUUCAUCACCCACGCGCAUCUCGAUCACAUCGGCGGGUUGCCAAUGUAUGUCGCAUUCCGUGGUUUGUACAAUUUGAAGCCUCCAACAGUGUUUGUUCCUCCUUGCAUUAAAGAGGAUGUGGAGAAACUACUUGACAUUCACAGAACCAUGAGCCAAGUGGAACUGAAUCUUGAUUUGGUUGCAUUAGAUGUGGGAGAAACGUAUGAAAUGAGAAAUAAUCUCGUCGUUCGGCCAUUCAAAACUAACCAUGUUAUUCCCAGUCAGGGUUAUGUCAUUUACUCUGUCAGGAAAAAACUAAAGAAGCGGUACAUUCAUCUUAAAGGGAAUCAAAUUGAGAAUUUGAAGAAGUCUGGUGUUGAGAUUACAGACACCAUUUUGUCUCCCGAGGUGGCCUUUACUGGAGAUACAACAUCUGAGUACAUGCUUAAUCCACGCAGUGCAGAUGCAUUGAGGGCAAAAGUUCUGAUAACCGAGGCUACUUUUCUGGAUGAUAACAUAAGUGUAGAGCAUGCACAGCAGCAUGGCCACACUCACUUAUUUGAGAUUAUUGAACACGCUCAAUGGAUUCGAAAUAAGGCGAUAUUGCUCACUCAUUUUUCUUCCCGUUACAAUAUCGAGGAUAUUAGAGAAGCUGCAUCCAAGUUGCAAUCCAAGGUGUCAGCAAAAGUAGUUACCCUUACUGAAGGUUUCAAAUCAGCAUACUCUUAACUUCAUAUAUUUCUGUUUCGUAGAAUGUAGCUUGAUUCUGACAAAAGAAAAAAGAAUGUAGCUUGAUGAAAGGAAAGAGUAGACAUGUAAAUGUAAUUUUCCUCAUAAUUUGAUUGCAUCUCACAACAAAUGUCCUCUUGAGAGCACUGUACCAUAUCCCCCAGCAAAGGAAAUGUCGUGUGCUAUUUCUUUAAAUGGUUAUAAAGUAUUUCUAGUUUUAGUACA